AUGCCCGGUUUCACAUAUUUCUCUGGGAACGUGACCUACAGCACGACUGCAUGGACUGGCAUUUGGGGAGGGACCACAUAUGUCACCGGCGGGACCACUCUGCCUCCGCAGACGUCGACUGUGACACCCUUUGCGUACCCGACAACUUCAGAUACGACACCUGAUCCAACUUUGAACACCGUAACAACUACGGUGAAAUCUGUUUCUAACUCUAAGAGCUGGGUUCCUACGCCGACUUCAUCCAAUGAGCACACGGGCUCACUCUGCGUGGAAAACUGCAAUGGAGGCUGCAAGCUUUGUCCUCCAGGCCUCAACAUUGAUAUUGAUAUUAGUGGUGGUGGCGGCGGCGGCGGCGGCGGCGGCGGAGGAGGUGGUGGUGAUGACGAUGACAACAAUGAUCGCAAGACCACCACUAUUACCGAAAGUGCCUCUACAACAACUAUGACCGAAGAUGGCAAGCUCACCACUAUCACCGAAAGUGCUCGCACAACAACCGAAACUGAAACUGAGAGCAACAGCAGUACUGAGACCUCUAUCACUCUCACGGCUGGCAUUGCCGUUGGAAGUCACACAGCUUUCAUCUCCUCUCUCAUAGCCGGUCUCUACACCACAGCGGCAUCGACAUCGACAUCGACAUCGACAACUUCCACAUCGAAAACCUCCACGUCAACAACUACCUCCACAUCAGCAACUGCUACACCAACAGAAGAGCUCAUCAUCUCUCUCAGUGAGGAUGCUAAUCUUCUUGAAGACCAGUAUACAUGGGUUUAUUUUGUCGAAAAAUAUGAUGCUAGCUACAGUGUCUGCGAUGCCGUCACGGUGGAGACAGGUUCCACUGCUAGCGAAGAUGCCACCUAUCCCGAUGGCAGUAUUACAUUCCCAAAUGAUGUUGACGGAAUGAGUGAUUGUGUCUAUGACGGCAAUAGCUCUGGUCCCGGUACAUUGACCUGUUCUGCGCUCUCAUACGUCGUGCAAUGCGAAGCGGUUGAAGCAACAACAAACACUUGCUAUACCUCCACAGCCCCCAUUGAAAUUACUGCCAAGGUUAUUUGCUUCUGGUAG